GCCAUUCGACAAGAGCGCGAGCGCAGCGCUAUAUUCGCCCACAACUUCAGUUCGGUCAACUUCGUCAUUUAGUGGUGAUCGAAACUUCGAUGUGUGUGGAAGUGAAUUUUAACUUUUCUAACAAAAUCUCACAAAAAUAACAGUAACCAGUAACUAAAGUACAAUUUCUUAUUCGAACGUGUUUGAGUAUACAUUUAACGUGUAAUUAGUUGUUCAAAUUGUAUUCAAAAUGUGUGAUAAUAACAAUCCAUCGACGCAAAGUAUAGCGGACUACUUAGCUCAGUUGCUCAAAGACAGGAAGCAACUGGCUGCGUUCCCGAAUGUUUUCAUGCACAUGGAACGACUUCUGGACGAAGAAAUUGCAAAAGUACGAGCGAGUUUAUUCCAAAUAAACGGUGUCAAGAAAGAACCGCUCGUCUUACCAGAAGCAGAAGGCAUGGUCACCACCCUCACAGAAAAAGUAUACGUGCCAGUCAAAGAACAUCCAGAUUUCAACUUCGUGGGAAGGAUUUUAGGGCCCAGAGGCAUGACAGCAAAACAGUUAGAACAAGAAACAGGAUGCAAAAUCAUGGUUAGAGGCAAAGGAUCCAUGAGAGACAAGAAAAAGGAGGAUGCGAACAGAGGUAAACCCAACUGGGAGCACCUGGCUGAUGAUUUACACGUCCUUCUCACAGUUGAGGACACCGAGAACCGGGCUAAGAUCAAGCUCGCCAGGGCUGUCGAUGAAGUCAAACGUUUACUCGUACCUCAAGCCGACGGGGAAGACGAGCUGAAGAAACGCCAGUUGAUGGAACUGGCCAUCAUCAAUGGCACCUACCGCGAUUCAAGCGCGAAGGCCGUCGUGCCCGUCAACGGUCAGUGCCUCAUAAUGGCAUACAAUGAAACAAUGAGUGACUCCACAGCUGACGAGGAGUGGCGGAGGGUUGCGGCGGCGGCCGCCGAGACGCAGCGUCUGCUCGCGCCAGGGGGGGGCGUGGGGGGGGUGGCUUUGCGUACACAGGCCCCCCUGGGGGCGCCGUUGAUUCUCUCGCCGCGUAUGUCGGCCGCGCCCGGCGCCCAAGCAGGGCUGCUCAAUGGCACCGGCGGGGCCGCAGCUGGCCUCCUGUCGCCCGGCGAACCGGCCCAUCAGCUCAUCUACGCGUCUCCGUACGCUGACUACGCCAACUACGCAGCGCUGACCGCCGGCAACCCUCUGCUGACCGCCGAGUACGCCGCGGCUGACCAUACGGCGUCGAGAUAUCUACUUGCCGGUUUUUGACAAUGGCCGGAAUCGAACCAGCCUACAUUAAGAUACGGCAGGCUGCAAGCGACAUAUCGCCCGACGCAACAUUAUUACCGUCUUUGACACUAUGACACUAUACGCUUCGUAACUCACAGGACGCCUCUAUAAAGUCAUAAUAAAGCCAUGAUCAAUCGUAGAAUAAGGUUAAUGAUUAAGUACGUUUAGUCUAGUGACUCAACAUUUUGUACCUACGAUGUUAUUGUCUUAUUUCUUGUGUUUUUUUUUCUUGCUGUUUUGUACAGUCUCACACAAAUUAUAAUUUUGUUUUCGAACAAUCAAAGAUAUAUUGCUAAUUUAUUUAUUAUAUUGCAGAUUUUUUAUAUUUAUUAAAUAAUGAACAAAGUAUUUAUUUCAAAUUUUAUAUUACCGUUGCCUCUUGUUAAGGUGAUGGCAGUUAUGUUGAAGUAGAGUGUUUAAGUUUUGUAUCUGAAACUGCCAAUUGUAGAACUCAUAAGUUACCGAUGUUUCGUAUACAAAGACAUAGAAUUUAUAUGUUUAUUUAUUAUUCUUUCACGUUGCAGAUGUCUAUGGUUAUAGUAGAGUCCAACAUUUUAUAGUUCUUGUGAUAACCCUUGCUUGUAACAUAACUAAUCAAUUAACAACAUUGUUGUAGAACCAAUUUUCAUUAAAAAAACGAAUCGGUUUUUGUACGCGAAUAAAUUUUACAUUAAUAUUUUUAAUACGUUAUUACACAAUAACUUAACAUUUAUUUACAAGAUAAUAGAGUCCAUAAUGAACGAAUAUAAAAUAUUCAGUAAAGUGAAAUAUAAAGUGCAAAAUUUUGCUUUGAAAAAUAAUUAUGAAUUAGCUGAAGGCGUAAAGAUAAUUGAAAAAAAAGUUCACCGAAUAUGUACUUAAAUCAGAAAUUAAUGCCGUUGAUUGAAACAGUUUUUUACGCGUUAAUUUAUAAUGUAAAACUCAUACGUGUACGUUAAACAAAAAAUUCGAUUCGAUGUAGCGUUCUCGUAAAUUGAAAAAAUCUACCAUUUGCAUGUUGUUUUCUUACAUUUUCAAGAUUUCCUGUGAAUCUCGUGUCUUUUAUUUGUAAAUAACAGAAACUUAUUAACCGUAAAAUCUCUGAAUGACGAAAUGAAAUGCAUUAAAAUUCAGCGAUUACAAGCAAAAGGGACCAAAUACGAUUUGAAUGUACACGAUACAGCACUUAUUUCUUUUUUUAACUUUUAACAACACUGACAAGAUUAAUAAACAAAUUUAUACACACAUAGCGAACAAAACUAUAAAACAUUCUAGGCGGUUAUAAAAUGCUUAUGAAUUGUAACAAUAAUAACGAAGCGAUAUCGAACAUAUGUUAUUGUUACAAUCACAACGUAAUUUAUUAAUUUAUUAGCCAUACUAUAUUUAUAAACAUACCAUAGGUUAAGUAUUAUUUUUAUCUUAAAAAGAUUUAGAUAGGUUAGAAAAGAGUGAGCUUUAUGAAAAUAUUAUACAUCCGUAUAUUAUUGUGUAGGUUUACUAAACCGCAGUAUACACUGUAGUCAAUUUAUUUAAAAUGAAAUUAAAGCCAGCCAUUUUUACCUGUACCUUGACCGGGCUUUCGGACCCGCGAUAUAUAAAUGUUUUAUUUUGUUAUAUUUCCAAAGCAAUAAAAUAGUUAAUCUGUAGGCAUUAGCAUAAUAAUAGUGGUUAGUGUUACUGCCAAAAUAAGAUUCUUUAAAAAUUUUAGUAUAAUCGCGACAUUGAAGAGUAUUUGGCAGUGAUAGUUAACUAGAUAUUGCGAUUUGUUAAGUCUAGAAAACUAAGAGCUUCUUCUUUAUUUAUAGCAAUUUCAUUUCUUUUCAGCAUUUAAAACUUUUUAGUCACCCAGAUCUAUGUUGUAAAAACUGAUUAAAAAUUGUAUUAUUGAAAUGUUUCUUCAGCAGCCGUGUUAGUUGGAGUUUUCAAAUGUUUUAAUGGUUGUUACGACACAGGUUUUUAAUAUGUAUAUGCCGCUAGGUGUCGUGCGGAGGGCGGGUCGGCUAGCGCAAGUGAGGGAGCACCCUUAUCAGCGCACCGCCUUACCGGCGCCUUAAUUCCCGCCAAAACGCUCUCACGCCGCCAUUUUGUUUACAAGGUGAGAAGCGCGCGCGCGCAUACGCCAUGAUGAAUACGUUUGCUUGCACUGUAGAUUGUUGUCCAGGAAGCAUUGAACUCUAGUAAUUUAUACUUGGAUUUUAGACAAUUUUGGUGAAAAUCGACCGAAAAUUUUUGAGUAGGACAAAAACAGUCAUUAUGACGGUUUCUGUCUUUCAUUGACAUUAGUUCCUCAGCUUUAUAAUCUCGGUCAGUAUUGUGCCAUGUGGUAUUUUGUAUGUACAGCGCCCCUAGCGGUCGCUCGAGGAACUUCACUUGGCAAGCUAUUAUGCAUAAACAAUCCGCAGUAAAAUAUUAACUAUCAUAUUCGCGAUGGAAAAUAAAUGAGUUCAGUGUUUCUCUGGAUUUAUUUGGUCACGCAGUUUUAAUGUUUUCCAGCAACCAUAUUCGUCAGCGAGAAUGCGUGGGUGUCUCUGCUUUACUGUCUCUCUGUGUCCUUAUUAUUUUAUUUAUUUUAUUGUGUACUUAUUAGUUACGUUAGUAUGAUGAUAGGAUGUAUUAUGUCCAUCGCUACUUCAUACCGCAUCUGAAGUGACACUGCAUAAUUUGAAAACUGUGAUUUUUAUAUAUCUUUUUUUAUAGAUUUUUAGAUCUGUUACAUGUUGUGAUGCGAUGCGAUUAUAAGAGUAUUUCUAUUUGAAUGUAAACGUUAUCGAUAUUGUGUCAUUGCGAUUUGGAAUCACAACAUGUGCCUUGAACAGUCACUGUUCUUCGGGUAACAUAUUAAUGGGAGGAAGGAUUGACGAACUAUGUUUUAGAAUGUUCGAGAUAGUUUGUAGAGCUUACUUAUGUUGAGUCCAGCCAAAUGAAUCCAUGGCGGUGCUAUAAUAGGGUUGUGAAAUCCUUCUCCCAUCUCUCGCCCAGUAUUAGUCAAGGGAUAGCAUUUUCAGAAUUCGUGCCAUCAAUCCAGUAUUAAACAAAAUGUCCCUCCUUUGACUUCACACUUUCGUAAUCAUCACAACUUUUCUUAGUCAAUAUAAGAUUUUUAUAUGAAAUUUUUAAACUAGUUGUUUCUAUUUUGCCUUAGGUAUUAUUAAACUUUCGUAUUUGAAAGUGUUAUUUUAAGAUUGCACUUGUGUCCUUGUGGAUUUAAGACGGCCUGUGCCGCAACACGUAAUCUCACGCUUCUUAUAUUGAAAUGAUUAUUAGAUAAAAAUGCUAUUCGUAAUUUUAUGAAAUGAGUUUAUUUGAGCGAUGAUGUUUUUGUAAAGAUAUUGUUUCAAUUGUUGAUUGUAAAUAAAUGCAUUUUCAGAAGAUAUACAUGCAAUAAAUUUGUCUGAAAUUUGA